GAAGGGCUGGGGUGUCUCUCUUUGCAGAGGAAGCCUUGGCCGUGAUUGACAGCAGGGCUGUUUUUUGCCGCUUCCCUUGCUGUUGACAAGUAAUAAUGAAGCUUUGUCAGUCCAUCAUGGACAUGGAUAUGCCAGAUUAUGUUGACUCCUUGGACUCCUCUUAUACCAUGCUGGAAUUUGACAACCUUCGGGUGCUCCCCAAUAACACUGAGGCCAUCGCAGCCGAAUCAACAAACACCAACCUGCUCACCAACGGCAUCAGCUCCCUCUGCUCCAUCUGCGGGGACCGGGCAACUGGCAAGCACUAUGGGGCGUCCAGCUGCGACGGCUGCAAAGGCUUCUUCAGGAGGAGCGUCCGCAAGAACCAUGUCUAUUCCUGCAGGUUCAGCCGACAGUGUGUGAUAGACAAAGACAAGAGGAACCAGUGCAGGUACUGCAGGCUCAAGAAGUGCUUCAGAGCCGGCAUGAAGAAAGAAGCCGUGCAGAACGAGCGCGACAGGAUCAGCAUUCGCAGGAGCAGCUACGAGGACAACGGCUCCCUCUCCAUCAGCGUGCUCACUCAGGCGGAGGCCAUGGCGCAGCAGUAUUCAUCGCUGAGUCCCGUGCACAACAUGGACAUUGCUAUGAAGAAGGUUGCGACCAUCAACGACGUGUGCGAAUCCAUGAAACAGCAGCUUCUGGUGCUGGUUGAAUGGGCAAAAUACAUCCCGGCAUUUUGUGAGCUUCCGCUUGACGACCAGGUUGCCUUGCUCAGAGCCCACGCGGGGGAACACCUGCUCCUCGGGGUAGCCAAGCGAUCCAUACCAUACACCGAUUUUCUGCUAUUAGGGAAUGACUUCAUCAUCCCAAUGCACUGCCCAGAACUGGAAAUUGCUCGCGUGGCCACCAGAAUCUUGGACGAGUUGGUGAAGCCCUUGCGGGACAUCCAGAUUGAUGACAAUGAGUAUGCUUGCCUUAAAGCCAUCAUCUUCUUUGAUCCAGACUGCAAAGGCCUGAGCGAGCCCGGGAAGGUGAAGAACAUGCGCUUCCAGGUCCAAGUCAACCUGGAGGACUACAUCAACGAUCGCCAGUAUGACUCCCGAGGCCGGUUCAGCGACAUCCUCCUCCUGCUGCCCCCGCUGCAGAGCAUCACCUGGCAGAUGAUAGAGCAAGUCCAGUUCGUGAAGCUCUUUGGCGUGGCCAGGAUCGACAGCUUGCUGCAGGAGAUGCUGCUGGGAGGAACCACCAUUGACCUCCAGUACCAGUCAGGACCUCCCAACCUCAACCUGGAACCACUGCCAGGACACGUCCUCCCAAGCAACAUGAGCUCAGUGAUUCACACCGCUCCAAACCCAUCUCCUGAAACAUCCCUUCCAUCUCCUUCUACAAGCACAGGCAGUGAAGACUAUAAACUAGGCUCUAGCACAGGACCCAAUGCUGUACCGCAGCUCUUACCUCAGGCAGUGAUACCCAAGCAGGAGAUUUUAUAGGGAGAGGUGGAAGGAGAAGCUGGGAGCAAUGUGGAAACCAUGCUGAAAGUGAAACGGACCCUUUCUCUUUGCAGAGGCAAAGCACAGCAGCGCCCUGCCUGUAGCCGGAUCUGGCGGUCGUGCUCUUUCCCAUCCGUGAGUCAAGCACCAGGUACCAGACCGCAGCAGGAGCCUCACCACGGGUCUUCCCACCACUUAUUUCACAAGUGACUGGGGUUAAUGCUCUUCUCAGCAGGACCAGGACUGUAAGCUCUUUGGAGCAAAGCUUCUGACUGCGUUCGUUAUCACCGAGCUCCGUGUGAUCACGACCCUUUUAAAGCCUUCGGCCGCUAUCUUCAUAAAACCAAAUGCCUUACACAGCUCCUGGUAAUCGAUGAGUACGGCAUGUCAGUACGGAAAGGUCUAUCCCCAUUCACAAUCUAAUUACACUCCCACUUCUCCUGCCGCAUGUUAAGCUUUAGGAAGAACAUCUUCAUAACCCUUACUAGCCCCAACGCUUUCUUAUUCCACACAGAUGUUUCUUGUGCCACACAGACCAGCCAACAUUUGAUGCUGGUCCGUUAUUGUGAUCAGGAAUGCCAACAUUUCGUUAUUUUCCAUAAUUUUUAGUAUAUCUAGAGUCCAGCUGUGAGUUGUUUGAUACAUCCCCUACUUUGUGUGCACACCUAACGCAGCUCCACGAUGGCGGCAAGGACCUCUGCCUCAGGCCGAGGCUGCUGGCUCAGGUAACACCCACGACUGGCAGGAAGCUCAAGCAGCUGCUGACUUACCAAAUCACUGCUUUGUAUCUUCCGCAAACGUAUUGGGAAGAAGCAACAGCCUUAAAAAUGCCCAAACCCCCCUUUUCCCCAGUACACAGGUAUGAUUUUGCUGUAGUUUCAUGUAUCCUUGUGAUGCCUGCAACCUGAACUUCAAAGCUCUAAAUCAGCAAAAAAAGGGAGAGGCAGGUCUCCUGUUGCUGCUGCACUUGAUGUAAAACUUAAUCAGCACUAAGUGACCGACCACUAACCACGUGACAAGUGUUUUAAAUGACCCCAGUAGACGACUACACAACCUCAAACUUCUCCUGACGCGCCGCCCCUGUGGUACGGCGUUUAUUCUGCAUAAAUCAAACCUCAUUACAAAGCAGGCUGCUGGGCUGCUACAAAACUUACGCUCCUCUGCGUAAAAGCCCAACGACCGCCCUCGGGCAGCCCCUGGGGGGUGACGGGCGGCCGGACUGAAGGGCGCGACGGACAAGUCUCAGGCCUGACACAUCGCGCAGAUCUCCCAGCCCAGGUGCAUCCCUCUUCCUGGCAAAAACGAGAUGACAGCUUUGUGAGGCUUAUUUCACGAACGCUCAUGAAGCACUUUGAGAUCCCCGGGCAGAGACCACCACGGAAAUACCACCUUACUGACCGACAGAGGAGCUGGGGAGGGCACCCGAACCUUCAUCAACAGGGGAGCACUUUGUCUCCCGGCUACCUUUCUUUCGCUGGGGAGAUAUCUUAGAGUUGCCAUUCUACAGCACAAGAGAGAUGUGAAAACCAUCCAAGGCUGGGUUGAAUUUCACCUAGGAUCACAAUGUUUUAUUUUUCUACCGUCUGUGAUGAAUUUGAUCUGACAUUAUAUGCUGAUAACUUUGAUUUCAAGCAGCUAUUUGUGGAAACCAGGUUCCACCGCAAGCAUUCCUGCCGCGAGACAGAUGCAACUGCACUUACCCAACAUUGCUUCCAGUUCCUCCCUCAUGUAGAUUACAAUACUUUUCCAGAAAUUAAAUGUACAUUUAUACUCAUUAAUGGUAAGAAAAUAAAUCUAUGAGGGAAAUAAAUUCCAUAUUCUCGUAUUUCA